AUGGUUUCCUCUACGACCGACUACGAAGUGACCGUCACGUUGAGAAUCGUGUUCGGGUGCAUUUGGACGACAAUAAAUUUUCUGUUAAUUCCACCGUCGAUUGCGGUGAUUGUGGCGAUUUGUCGUGAGAAAAAUAUUCGACAGUCGCAAUGCAGCCUUAUAAUGCUAUGCGUUCAUAUAAUUGACUUCAUUCAUUUGAUGGUCGAUUUUACGGCUGGCAUUUGGACAAUAUAUGGCCAAGGUGAACGUAGCGAAACGAAGAUUCUUUGCUUAAUUUCCAUCAUGUUGGGUGCAAGUGUGUUCAUCCUAUGUUGCACACCACUCGUGACGGUUGUCUACAAUAUGGGUUCAUUCGGAUGGAUCUACAUUCAUAACGACACGGCAUACUAUGUGGCUAUAACUAUAUCGUUAAUUUUGACUCCGCUCUCACUGCUAAGCUUCAUCAACUAUGUGAUCAUUUUGGUUGCUAUUCAACGCAAGAAGAGAUCCGUUGGCACCCAAGCCGUAUCGUCGGCUGAAAUGCGCAUUCUACUGAAUUCGAUUGCACUGUUCACAUUCAUGGCAUUCUCAAAUUUUUUCGACUUCUUCCAUGUUUAUUUGCUACCAGAAGGUCAACCCGUUUUCAUCAUGUUGAGUGUAAUUCGACAAAUUUGCAUUGCGCUGAUACCAAUUUUGGCGUUGAUCUUCAAUGUGUUAGUGUUUUGA